AUGGUCAAAUACGAGAAUCCAUUUCACGACCAUUUCUUCGUUUUCUACAUAUUCUUCGGCUCUAUUCUUUUGGUGUUGAAUUUGCAAACGAUGCUGGUUAUUCGACGAUCCAAAUGUCUGUGGGCCCUCUCCGCUUAUCGUCUCAUCUUCUUUAGUUCCGCUGCUGAUGCUGUGAAUUGUGGAGCUCAAGUCGCUGCAGUGGCCAUCACUUUCCGCACUCCUGUUAUUCAUCCAACUUUAAAGACAACUCAUCAGAUCUGUUCGCGUCGAGCUUCCGCUCCUGUAUCACUCUUUCCAGAUAUUUACGCUGUCGGGAAUCUUGCUUUACGUAUGGUCCUACCCCGUUUCUGA